AUGCCUGAGGCUGACAUUCCAGGGAAGAAAAAAGGUCAAGGAUGUUCGACUUGGGCCACCAGAACGAAGUUCAAGUUUCUGGAUGCUUGUGCAACAGAAUGGCAGGAGAGCUUAGACAAUAACUCUUCCACCUCAUUCUACACCUCUGUGACUCGGCUAUGGGUCAAAAAAUAUGGCUGGUAUUUUGAUUAUUGGUCAGAUCUUGAAGAGGACAUUGAAGAUCCAGCAGAUGACGACCUGGAUUUCGCAGAUGGAGCAGAUGGCAAGGAGGAGCUGACGAAAUGCAACAACUAUUUUGAUGUGAUGCAUGUGUGGUAUCACCAUCAUUAUCGUAAAGCACAAACUGCCAUCACCAACAACAAUAUGGAAAUGGCUUUGAAUACCUUAGGCAACUUUGCACCAAAACCUCCACGAAAGCCCCGAAUCCUGCAAUUUUACUCAGCGAAUUUCUACAAUGAUUGCAUCAAGCACGCUGCGGAGUUCGAGAUUAUGAAGAAGUUAAACGAAUACAAAGUUCAGUUGCGGGAGUGGGAGAGAAUGUGGCGUCCAGAAAGCCAAAAUUUCAGAGAUGAGGUUGAGACCAAGAUGAAGGAAGAGCAUAGGAUUGCAUUGGAGGCAUAUGAGAGUGGUGUGCAGGUUAUGUCCGCUGUGACUCCUACUGCACAAGAUUACCACAAUAACAUAUCUCAAGCAGCUGCGUUCCUUCAGCCUUUGGCUGAUGCAAUCCAAAAGCAGUUUGGUAUGGCGACUUCCAUCUUGAUGGUUGGCCCAAUCCCUUCGCUAAAAGGCAGAAUUGAGAUGAGAAGUGUUCACUCGGGUGCAACUAAUGCAGCCCUACCUCAACUAUGGCCUCAGUUCGACCCCGACAGAUUUACUGCUGUGAGUCAGUCCAUGGUGAAGUUUGGCGAGCAUGUAUUUUCCAACAUUGAUGAAGCAUCAUCAGAUUGUGUGGCUCGAGCGCUGUCUUCCUCCCCUAUAGCCGAUAAUGAGGAUCCCUCAGUUAAUGCACCUGUUGACCACAUCACACCUACUGCUACAGUCCCACCGGCUUCCUCUACUGUGCGGGAGCUCAGCUCAUCUCACAUCCUUACGCCUGAAGAUGAGCCUCAAUGUAAUUCUCAGGAGGGAUCGUCCAACGCUGCACGUAAUACUUCCCCUCCCGCAUCUCUGAGUGACAUAACACCUCUCGCACCUCCCACCAUUACACCGGAGGUCUCUCCUUCUAUUGUUGGUUCUCCACCAACCCCAGUCCCUUCUGUUGACUCUCUUGCAAAUCCUACUGCGACUGUACCUGCUGAAGAACCGAAAUUUGAUCUCUCAGGGAAGAGCAUCCCACUUACCAAAUGCCCCAAGGAUUUCAAGAUCUGGUUUCAUGGCAGCCGCAAGGACUUUCUUCCCAAAAACUUCAACGAGUUUGUCAGUGGCAUGGUGGCAUGGUGGACAGCCAUCCAACCUGAUGACCGUGAAUGUGAUUCUCAAGGCGCGCAUAUGCGUGAAACACAGGACGCAGAUUGGUCACGGCUUCGCAAGGCAGGAAGGAAUGGCAUGUACUUAAUUGUGGUAGGUCUGAUGUGGUGGCACAACAUGAUUUCUAACAACAAGACCAUGGGAGAAUGGCUUGCCAUAGUUGAGGAUGUCUCUUGGGUGCUCGAGAGCAUGGUGGCCACCCACAUUGAUGAAUGUGUGUCUCCCACACCCUCACCACCUUCCCCAUUGACUGUCCACUGUGGCAAGUGCAAGAUUACUGUGGUGGAGAGUACGAACGGUGUGAGUACCAGGUCUAAGCGGGCGAGGGCUACCUAA